AAACAGAGGGAGGGAGAGAGACUAUAGGAACGCAGCGGCGGCGGCGGCGGCGGCUCGUGCGUGUGGCGGUAGAAACGACUGGCGGGGCGGACAUGGAGGGGCUCGGGAAAAACGCUGGGAACUGACCGAGAACCGACGCGCGCGCGAGAGAGAGAGGAGAGAGAGGAGAGAGACGAGGCCGGACGGACGGAUAGAAACGGGAAGGACGGACGGAAGGAAGGGAGGAGGAGAGGAGAGGAGAGGAGAGGAGGAGAGAGAAAGUCUGACCGAGAGGGAGGAAGAGUGUGAAGAAGGGGCUCGUCUGGAACACGCAAGGACCUAGAGGAGUGCGCCCUGGGCUGGAUGGGACCCACCAUGCCCCCCAGUAAGAAGGCCCAGAGCCCCAGUAGUGGAGCCAGUGCCUCGCAGGGCAUGAGCCCGCCGUACCGGCAGGGCGACGCGGCCACGGCGGCGUCCGAGGCCGAGGCGGCCGACCUCUCCCUCUCCCUGUCCGCCUCCUUCUCCAAGGCUGAGGACGAGGAACUCACCAGCCUCUCCUGGCUCCACGAGAGCACGGACCUCCUCAACAGCUUCAGCCACUCCGGGCUGCGUAGCGUCUCGCCUCUGCAGGACCCCGACGGCCAGCACCCGCGCUCGCCCUCUUCCUCGUCCCCCUCGCCGGACGACCCCCUGCUGGGCGACGCGCACUCGGCGUACGACUUGACGGCGGGGGCCAACCGAAAACCUCCGUACUCCUUCAGCUGCUUGAUCUUCAUGGCCAUCGAGGACGCUCCGAACAAGCGGCUGCCGGUGAAGGAUAUCUACGGCUGGAUUCUCGAGCACUUCCCUUACUUUGCAAGCGCCCCCACUGGCUGGAAGAACUCAGUGCGCCACAAUCUGUCACUCAACAAGUGCUUCAAGAAAGUGGAUAAAGAUCGCAGCCAGAGCAUAGGCAAAGGCUCGCUGUGGUCCAUAGACCCGGAGUACAGACACAACCUGAUCCAGGCGCUAAAGAAGACGCCGUAUCAUCCCUACUCGCCGGGUCUGGCCACGCCCUCCACCUCCCCGCCCACCCUACCACCGACAUUUCACCACAGUCCUCCAUUGUGGUCGGGGAGUCCCCUCUUCAGAAAGAACGGAGGAGUCCUCCUACAAGUUCCCCGUGGCGUGAUCCAGAACGGCGCCCGCGUCCGGAGCCAGGCCCUCUUCCCCGUCAUCAGACCCCUACCCGUCAGCCCCGUGGGGAGCCGGACCUCGGCCAUCAGAUCAUCCCUGGGAGACUACCUGAGCCGAGGACAGGACAGCCCGUCCCGCUACUCCCCGCCCCCCUGCGGCGAGGACCUCCAGGACGACCACACCUACAGCACGGCCAAGUCCCCCAGCAGGCUGUGCCCGUCGCAGGGCGCCGCCGCGUCCCCCCCGCUGGACGACGACGACAUCAUCGCCGUGGAGAUCCAGGAGGACGUCAAGCCCGAGCCGCGGGAGAUCCCGCUGGACGCCCACAUCGCCACCGCCGCCUACCUUUCCCAGCAGCCCCCGCGCGGACAGAGACGCAGCUCGGGGACGGGGGGCGCCGGGACGCUGGCGGGCAGCAGUUUGCCCUGGACCAAAAGCCGAGCGCGGGGCGUCGGCGACACGCUGCCGCUGAAGAAGCGGCGCGCGGCGGCGGUGGAGAAGCCGCCGGAGAGCGACGACGAGGAGAUGAAAGAGGCGGCGGGGUCGCUGCUCCACCUGGCGGGGGUCCGGGCCUGCCUCAACAACAUCACAAACCGCACCGCCAAGGGCCAGAAGGAGCAGAAAGAGGCCCUGAGAAACUAAAACACACACAUAGAUCUCACACACACACACACACACACACACACAGUAGACGGCUCAAAGCACGCACACAAUAACACGCAUAUACAAACACACAAAUAGGUGAACAGGUAACGUUACUACAGCAUUAGUCUCCACGGACACUGGUCAUCUCCCUCUAUCUAUCUGCAGGGCAUUAGGUGAAUCCUACUUAUUUGUGGCAAUAUCAAAAAUCUAUGUUUUCCUACAUGUUCAGCAACACUAACAUCAAAUGGGUAUUUCUCAUGUGUCUUUGUUGUUUCUGUUGUUCAAAAGGGGAUGAAAGCCAUAAGAUUACAGGAAAAAAACAAAAAACAAAAAAGAAAAUCAAAAAAAAAAAAAAACGACGACGCAUGUUUUGUCACCAAUUUGGACACGUGGAGACGCGACAGAAGCCGAGGUCACGGGAACGGAAGAUGGCUGUGUGUGUUUCGACUUUUUUUUCUUCUUCCUUUUUUGGUUUUUUUGUUUUUUUCUCGUUUCUAUGUGAAAAUCUGUAGCAAUCUUGCGGCGGUGCCCAGCAGGGACGGCGACUCGCUCCGCAUCACUCUCUCCUUACAUCCACGAGCACAAAUGUGAGACUGUGCCAAAGAUAAGCGACCAGGUUGCUUCAUGUAGCCAAUUACGACGAGCGCUGACGGUAAAGGAAAAAAAAAAAAGAAAGAAAAAGAAGAAAGGAAAAAAAAAACCCGCGUGAAGAGCUAGAGAGAGCGACCUUAAGUGUCAAGAUAAUUGUAAAACCCAAUGUGAUAUAUAUUCAUGCACUCAAGAUUAUUUUACGCCACUUAUAACAAAAGCGUCAUGGGUAAAAAAGACAUGGUUUAUUUCAAGAGCACUCAUAGUAUUUAAGAAUAAAUAUAUUAAAAUAAGAAAGAAAAAAAAAAAAAGCUCAUGUUUAUCACCAUAGCGACGGAUAGUGUGCCGGGUCUGAGGCAAUAUCUCCUUCAUUUUGUUGUUGUUGUUGCAUCAAUGUAAACGUCCCUAUAAGAAGCUCCCCAGUCUUAGAUAUCAGAGCUGCCAGUAGCGACACACACCUUCCAACUCAUCUCGACAGCGUCUGAGGACUCGAUAGACAACCUGUGGGGUUUUUCUUUUUGUUUUUUUUUUUGUUGUUUUUCUUUUCUUAUUCCCGUCGUGUCUGUUUACCCCUCACUCUACCCUCAUAAAGAUAUAAGCAAUUUGUCCCGCGCGGACAACUCUGUAAAAAGGUUAGAAAAUAUUUUAUUUUUUUCCUUUUCUUAAUUGAAGCAAUUUGACCUGCAGGACUUUCUCAGUUAUAUUGCAUGGGUGCUUGUAAAUAAGAUAAGAAGCAAAUCUUUUUUAUUCAAAGAUCAUGUAAGAUAAACGAUGUAUUUAGCAUGAAGCAUGACUUAUUUUCAUAUAAACCUUGAUCCUAGAGGAAAG